AUGUUAGGGCCCAUCUUAUAUCAGCCCAAACUAUAAUCCCUCACGCAGACGUUUAACUACGAAAAUCACAAAUUCCCAAUUUCUAGGGUUUUAGUCUGGGGUUUACCUUUGCGUAUCUAUACUUGCAUACUCAUUGCUCCAUUAGAAGAUGAGGAAGCUGAAGUUUCACGAGAAGAAACUGCUAAAAAAGGUUAACUUUUUGGAAUGGAAGAGAGAAGGUGGGCAGAGGGAAAACCUCGUAAUGCAUCGGUAUCACGUCACAGGCAGAGACGAUUACAAAAAGUAUUCGCGUUUGUGUAGAACGGUGCAGAAGCUGGUCAGCAUACUAAAACAGAUGGAUGCACGAGAUCCUUAUCGAAUUGAGAUGACUGAUAACCUUCUUCAAAAGCUGUACAACAUGGGCGUUAUACCCUCUCGUAAAAGUUUGGCUUUGUGUGAGCGCCUUUCUGUAUCAUCCUUUUGCCGACGUCGGCUUGCCACUGUCUUGGUUAGAUUGAAGUUUGCAGAACACUUGAAAGAAGCAGUUACUUAUAUUGAACAAGGACAUAUUCGGGUUGGACCUGAUACCAUCACUGAUCCAGCAUUUCUUGUAACAAGAAAUAUGGAAGACUUUAUAACAUGGGUAGAUACAUCAAAGAUAAGAAGGAAGGUCUUGGAGUACAAUGAUAAGUUGGAUGACUAUGAUGCAAUGAACUAAGUACUGCAAAUAAGGCUGUGUAGACCUUCAUGUAACUCAUCGUUUGGCACUUUUUGAUUUCCGAAGUACUGUAUGUUCUGCCUUUGCGAUUUUGUUGUUUUAGCUUCUUCCUUUUUUAUGCCAAGCUGUUCCAAUUGAAAAAAUAUUGUCGACCCAUACUAGAUAUAUGUAUUGAUAGAAGGUGAUGUUUCUGACUUGUUUGUAAGAUGCACAAUCGAGAGGUAAUUGAAUUAUUGAUUUCCUUUUA